GCACGCUCUCUCCAGGCCCGCGUGUGCUCCCGCGUGCCCUCUCCAGCCAGUCCGCGAGUCACCACGGCGGCUGAUUCAGGCUGCGGCACCUCCAACGCGCACCCCGCCGACCGGCCACAACCCAGCGCGCUGCCAGCUCUCCUCGUCGAGUCCCACGCACGCACGUUUUGCGCGCCCGCUCGCUCGCUGCCGCCCUACCUUUACUCUCUGGCAGGCCCUCUGCCGCCACCGCCCGCUGACGUAGCACCCCUCCUCGCCCAGCCGCGCAAUUCGGAAUGCUCUGCUCGCAGCUGAGCCGGCUGUCUUAACCUCGCCUACGCCCCGUCUGCCUCCCCCACGCUGUCCUGCACCCGCUAUGGACCAGCAGUGGACCGCCUACUCCGAAUCCAGCGCGAACCGCCAGGCGCGGUACGACCCUCACACCAUGACGACCCCUCAGCACGUCCAGCAGGACCCAAACCUCCCGCAACAGAUCAAGCAGGACCAGUUCGCAUCCCCCACGGGGCCCUCGCGGUCGAAUUCAAUGGCGACCCUGCCAUCGCCCGGCAGCUCGCUCACCCUCAGCCGGAGCGCAGAGUACAACGACAGAGACGGCGACGUAGCCAUGGAGGAUGUCGACCCGUACAAGCCCAAGUACGCAGCCGCGCGCCCGAACCACCAGCACCGCCAUUCGCAGUCCUUUCUCCAGCAGGAAGAGAGUGCUGCUGCGCGGAGAUACUCGCCCAUGAACAUGUCGCCGACGUCGCCCUACAGCGGGAACCCACAGCAGGGCGGGCAGAACUACACCAGCUUCUCCCCGCAGGCCCAGGCGCAGAAUAGCAACAGGCAGAGUCCGACAAGAGGCAACCCCUACAUUACCACGCCCAACAGCUAUUAUUCUCCACCCGCCUCCCGCCCGCACGCGCCGCAACUACCUCCUAUACAAUCCAACAUGAGCCCAGAGAGCUUCUAUCCGCAGUCAGCGACCGCACAGUUGAAUGCAGUAUAUAACCGGGAGGCGCGGUCGCCCAGAACCACCAACCCCAACCCUCCUCAGCUACCCCCGAUUGGGCGGGGUCCCGUCCCCAAAUUCGAGAAGUGCGUGAACACGGCCGAUCUGCAGCCGAAGAUCAACACCCAGCCUCCGUUCCGCCGUGCGCAUCCCGAGGGCGGUUUCAUCAGCCCCCUGCAAGCGUUGACAUCUCACUUGCCCGCGACAUAUCGUGUCUGCAACCCUGGAUUCAAAUACGAAUCGACUCGAAAUCCGCGCCGUGUUCUUACGAAGCCGAGCAAAGGGGUCAAAAACGAUGGCUACGACAACGAAGACAGUGACUACAUUCUGUAUGUCAACGACAUUUUGGGCUCGGAAGAUGCUGGGCACAAGAACCGAUACCUGAUCUUAGACGUGCUAGGCCAGGGAACAUUCGGACAAGUCGUGAAAUGUCAGAACCUUAAGACGCAAGAGGUGGUUGCUGUCAAGGUGAUCAAGAACAGAACUGCAUACUUCAACCAAAGUAUGAUGGAAGUUUCUGUACUCGAUCUGUUGAACAAGCAGAUGGACAAGAAUGAUGACCAUCAUUUGCUGAGACUAAAGGACACGUUCAUCCACAGACAACAUCUGUGCUUGGUUUUCGAGCUGCUAAGCGUCAAUUUGUACGAAUUGAUCAAGCAAAAUCAAUUCCGAGGCUUAUCGACGACCUUGGUACGCGUGUUCGCACAACAGCUGCUCAAUGGGUUGGCUCUGUUAGGGAAGGCCAAGUUGAUACACUGCGAUCUGAAGCCGGAGAACAUCUUGCUCAAGAACCUCGAGAGCCCGAUCAUCAAAAUCAUCGAUUUCGGUUCCGCCUGCGACGAACGGCAGACAGUGUAUACGUACAUUCAAUCUCGAUUUUAUCGAUCACCAGAAGUAUUGCUGGGCUUGCCAUAUUCUGCCGCGAUUGACAUGUGGUCCCUGGGCUGCAUUGUGGUUGAACUUUUCUUGGGUCUCCCACUCUUCCCUGGUUCGUCCGAGUACAACCAGGUCGCCAGGAUAACCGAGAUGCUCGGACUGCCACCGACAUGGAUGCUCGAGAUGGGCAAGCAGUCCGGCGAAUUUUUCGAGAAGGCCCACGACGAGUACGGACGAAGGACGUACAGACUCAAGUCGAUGGAGCAAUACUCAAGAGAGCACGGUACCAAGGAACAGCCGAGCAAGAAGUACUUCUCCGCUACGACGCUACCAGAAAUCGUGAAGAACUAUCCCAUGCCACGGAAGAAUAUGAAGCCCAAUGAGAUAGAGCGAGAAAUGCAGAAUCGUUAUGCGUUCAUUGAUUUUGCUACGGGAUUGCUGAACCUCAACCCAUUGGAGCGAUGGACGCCGAACCAAGCGAAACAGCAUCCGUUCAUCACACAGCAGAAGUUUACGGGACCUUUUGUGCCGCCAACAGCUAUGCGUUCGGGAUCUAACAGAUCACCUGCUCCUGGUGUCCAAGAGCAGCAACGCUACGAAGGAAUGAGCAAGCAGCGUGCCCAGGCUCAACAGGCCGCUGUAGCACAACAGCAGGCGCAACAACAGGCUCAACAAGCUGCACAGAACGCCGCGUACGCCAAUAUGCAGAUGAACCAAUACCCGGCGCAGAAUACGCACGCACAAGCGCCUAACAUGUAUAACAACGUCUACGCACCGAACCAUCAAGGCGCUCCGCCACCCUACCCCGCCCAGCCUGGAUACAGCCAGCCGAUGGGCAUGAUCCAACCGCAGCAGCAACCGCGUCAAUACAACCAGCCUCAAAACCUGUACGCACAAGCUACGACUCGCGCGGGUAGGCAGCGCGCGUCCACGAUGGACCAGCAAGUACAGUCUGGUAUUCCGCCUGCGCUGCAAAGAGUGAUUAGCCAUCUGGAUCCAAACGCGCCCAUUCGGUUGCAACCAUCGCCCGCAUACUAUCCUCCUCCGCCUGACGGUGCACCCGAUGCAGCAGGCAAUGGGCAGAGAAGGAGAGGCUCCCGUGCGGCAGGCCAGAGCCAACGGAAUUUCGUUCGUAACUUGGAAGAUCGCACCCUUGAAGAAGGCUUCAUGAGUCAACAUGGAUGGCAAUGAUGCGAAAACCACUAGUUUGUACACUUCAUUUGGUCGUUGAUGCGCAGUUGCAUCGACAUAGCUUGACCUAUAUUCGAUUUUCGACACUCCGAUACCCAGGCAUUCGUACCCUUCUCAGAAGUUCACCUUGAUCGAGAGCA